CCUCCCCCUCCCCAUCUCCAUCUCUCGGGCGCAAGCGCGGGCUCGGGACUCGGCGGGCGCGAGCGGCAGCUGUCAAGCGAACGAGGCGCAGAGGAGGCGGAGGUGACGGCAGCGGCGAAGCGGCGGUGAGGGGACGGCGCUGACGGGGACCGGGAGAGCGAGCAACCCGGAGCCAGCCGGGCCCGCAGCCCCCCCCCGGCGCCUCCGGCCCGGUCCGGCCCUGCCCCCGGAAUUAGAGAAAGAACACUGGACUAGGAGUCAGAAGACUUGAAUUCUUGGUCAGAAUCUGCCACUAACAUCUUGGAUUGUCUUGGUCACAAGCCCAUACCCACCUGCUGCCGUUACAAUGAGUGGGAAGUCCCUGCUCUUAAAGGUCAUUCUCCUGGGGGAUGGUGGAGUCGGGAAAAGCUCCCUCAUGAACCGUUAUGUAACCAACAAAUUUGACUCUCAGGCUUUCCACACUAUAGGUGUGGAAUUCCUAAACCGAGAUUUGGAAGUCGAUGGUCGCUUUGUGACCCUCCAGAUCUGGGACACUGCAGGUCAGGAGCGCUUCAAGAGCCUACGAACACCAUUCUACAGAGGCGCAGACUGCUGCCUCUUGACCUUUAGUGUGGAUGAUAGGCAGAGCUUUGAAAAUCUUAGCAACUGGCAGAAAGAGUUCAUCUAUUAUGCAGACGUGAAAGACCCUGACCACUUCCCCUUUGUAGUCCUAGGGAACAAGGUAGACAAAGUCGAAAGGCAAGUGACCACUGAAGAGGCACAGACCUGGUGUUUGGAGCAUGGGGAUUACCCCUACCUGGAAACCAGUGCCAAAGAUGACACCAAUGUCACCGUGGCCUUUGAAGAAGCAGUGAGGCAGGUUCUGGCAGUAGAGGAGCAGCUGGAGCAUUGCUUGCUGGGCCAUACUGUUGACCUAAACAGCAGCUCCAAAGCUGGAUCUUCAUGCUGUUAAAGCGACAGCUUCUAGAAAAGUGUACCCCAACCUUGAUUUGUCGAUAGUAUAAGGAGAGCUGAUUUCCAGGCGCAUCCAAGAGGGUCCAGAGAAAGGGUAGUUAGAUGUUAUUGUUGACUGUCAAUCAGGGCCUUUCAAAUUGAAGUUGGGAGUUGAGAAGAAAAAGCUUUAUGGGGAGCAAGCCAAAUGUCUUUGUGUGUGAUUUCUGCUAUUUCCCCUUCCUGCAUAUAUCAACCAGGGCUUUCGAGGAAGAUUUAGGUCUCAAAGGAAUGAAAUAGUUUCACGUUUGCAGUAUUAACCCAGAACCCGCUGUGAAAAUGAGACUUUCAGCAACAUGGAGUCGGAGAGUUACAGGUAUCACUGAAAAGGUUUCCACUAAUGAACUGAAAAGGGUUGCCACAUCCAACUUUUGGAAAAGUAGUUCCUUACAUUUCUGCCAAAGGAAUGGCAUGAGUCUUGAGCUGUGUUUCAGCAGAAGUAGUGAUGCUUCUUGAGACUGGCAUGACUGCAAAUGCAGAUCUGUAACAAUGUAUGUUGCCUUGGUGAACCCCUUCUAUAUAUUUUUCUCCUGCUCUGAGCCUUUCAAAGAAUACCACCUCAAUGUGAGACAGACUCAUGCCACUGGGGACACUAGACUCCUUUUGUUUGAAACGAAUAGAUUUUGUUCAAAUAUCUCAACCUUCUUUGGUGAGAAAUGGUUGAUCUGCCUUUACUUUGCACCCUCGCUGCAUCGAGACAUUGCUUCUAUGUCAGCCUUUCAUCAACUGAAGAGUUCUGCCUGAUCUUCCUAAUGAUGAGUGUCUUUAGUCAUGAUUCACUGCAUUUGGCUCAGGUAGUCCUUUUGGCCACCAGAACGAGCUCAUUGGGAAGGCCAUUAGAAGUUAGGGGACAAUGAGUCUCCCUCGCAAAGUUCUUUAACUGCAAGUAUUGGAAGAUCUUUCUAUGUAGAAGAGGAAGCUUAACUUGUCUGGCUGCUCUAAGAGGCAAAACCGUGACCGAAAGGUAAAAGUUACAAGAAGCAGAACAUAGGAGCUAACUACCAGUGGCCUGGACUUCCUUGAGAGGACCUUGUCACUCCAAGGCAUUCAACCAGAGGCUGAGUAACAACCUAUCAGAGAUGCUAUAGAAGGGAUUCCUGUACUGAGUGAGAGGUUGAACUCCAUUAUCUCUCAGCUCUCUUCCAACUCAAAGUCCUCUGAGUCUAUAAUGUAUGUUUCAGUGCCAUGGAAUUCCAGGUUUGUCACGGGAUGGCAGCUCAGGCCCAAGAGAGCAAUGUGCUAAUGUCUUAGUCUGCUUUAAAGUAGCUUGUCUUUAACAACGACCGGGCACUUAAUUCUUUUGGCCUUUGGACAAUGGCAGGGGAAAGUCUAGAACUCUUAAACAAUCCUACUGUGUCCUAACGUAAGCUUAUCGAAGUACAACAGGGCUUGGUCAACUCUUGGCCACAGUGGCUGCUGGAUCUAAACCAUGUUAUUGAAAUGUACAGUCCAGAACCUGCUUUUUAUUGAUUGAUCCAUUUGUCCCAUGUAGCUCUUAUUCUGUAGAUCCAUACUCUCUUUGAUAAAUAUCUAACCUAAAACAGUGAACUCCUGAUAGAAACUACCAGUAAAGGGAUUUUUUUCCCCCAAGGGCAGCGUUCACAAUAGUACAACCUAGCCUCUGUACUAAUCACAUAAAAAGUUCACCUACGCAGAGAGGCUUGUCUGAAAAUGGAAUGAACUGACUACACCCAAAUCUCCACCUAAGGUAUAGAUCUGGUCCCAUUACCCAGACUAGCCUUGAUGUGGGAUAUCAGAACCAGAAUUGACCCUCUCCCCUUCCUUCCAGCUCUUAAGUCUAGGCUCCUUCUGCUGACUUCACCCACAGCUACCAACACUGCUUUCCAAGUUUUAUGAUCCAACUGCAGCAGUCACAUUAAGGUGGAAAUUUUCAAGUUGCUGUAGUAAGAACUAGUCGUUGUUAAUGCUCAUUUUAAAAAACUGCAUGGGAUAUGGGACCCCUCUUUCUAUUUGCAUUCUGUUUAUGAUCGCUUCUAUUUGUAGAGCUUAGGCCUUUAUAAAGACCAACAUGGACUGACUCCCCAAAGGACUGGCUUCUGUUAUAGUGGCAUAUGGUUUGUUGACUAAAAAUCACAUAACUUUAAUGUUUUGGGGCCUGUUUUCUACUCAAGACAAAUGUUAAUCAUCUUGAUGGAUCGACUGAUGCCCCAUUUCUCUUCACCACCAUACCAAUUUCCCUGCCAAGUCACUUCAUGAUCUCUUAAUGAAGGUACUUAAUUGUGAUUCAAGCAGUGGCAUUCUGAUGUGUAACACCCAGCGGGCUGCUUAUGUAUAGUUUGGCUAAUGUAGAGAAAGGCUAACUUAAGCCCCAGAACUGUGCUAGUGAUUGAUUAUAUAUAUAUAUACCCAGGAAUAGUUAGUGUCGAUGGUUUGGGGUUUAAUUUCUGUUUUGGCUUUUGCUUUUAAGGAACACUAGAUAUGAGACAUUCCUCAUUAGAAUUAUGUAUAGUUUUUUUUAAAUGAUCCAUUAAGGUAUCAUACCAAAUUUUUACUUUGUUCAUUUCUCUGUAUUCGAAGAAAAUUCCGGGGGCCUCAAAAUUCAAUUUGUGCCUACCUUGGCCAUCUCAAUUUUGCCCUAUGGCAAUCCACACUCCUUGUUGCUGGUGCUGCUAAAAGUCUCAAGAAUCGUGUUUCAGGUGUUUUGAUUCAGCUAUUAAAAUUCAUCUGUGUUAAAGUGAAUUUGUGCACUCUUGUGUUUUUGUUACAUUUGGAAUAACCACAACUAUAGUAAACUUGUCCAAGUUCAUUUUUUUUGAGCAGCUGGUAAGCCUAACUCCAAAAUCAUUGGUUCAUGCUGAUCGAAUCUAGUCUCCUCACUUGACAGGGAUGGAAACUGAAACUCCAAGAAGUUUCCCUCAUUCCAAGCCCAAGGUUGCACAGCCAG